GCCAAGUUACAUUUGGGGCGGAGGGAUUUCUAAGUGGUAAGAGAAGAAAGUCGAGAACUUGAAAAUUUGCAUCGGUAAAAAGUUCGAAUGUUUCCGUCGAACCUUUCGAUGGACGUGGCGAUUUUACUCUGUGGCAACAACGAGUAAAAAGUGUUCUUACUCGGGAAGGGACAAUCAAAGCUCUGAAGGUGAAGGUUCAGAGGACAGAAAAAAUGACGGAUGCUGAGUGGGCCAAACACCGGAAGAACGACAAACCGGAAAAAUUGUCGGAAGAAGAGUGGGAGGAUUUAAAGGACAUGGCAACAAGUACAAUAUGCAUAUGCCUUGCAAAUAAUACUCUUCGGGAGGUUCUCGGUUUGACGGACCCGGUGGAUAUUUGGGACAAGCUGGAGAGCCGGUACAAGUCGAAAUCGUUGACAAGUAGGCUAUACUUGAAGAAACGAUUAUUUGGUCUCCAAAUGGCGGAGGAAGCUAACUUUAAUGGGCACUUGGAUGAAUUCAACAAGAUUACAACAGAGUUGGAAUCCAUUGAUGUGAAGAUUGAAGAGGAGGACAAGGCGUUGCUUUUGUUGGCUUCAUUACCUUCAUCUUUUGACAACAUCGUGACCACGCUUUUGUUUGGAAAAGAGACCUUAAAAUUUGAUGAAGUAGUUGCUGCGUUGUUGAUGAACGAGACUCGGCGGGGUUGCAACGGGGUAUCAAACGACGGUCAAGGUUUGGUAGCAAAAGGAGCUGGUCAGGAACGAGGACAGUCUAAAGAGAGGGGCGGCGCGUCCCAACGCUUCAAAUACAGCAACAACAACAACAACAACCCAGUUGAAUCCCACAUCAGUAGGGUCUGGGGAGGGUGUGUGUACGCAGACCUUGCCCCUACUCGGAAGUAGGGAGGCUGUUUCCAAGAGACCCCCGGCUCCACCUGCACAAAAAUAUGGAAGAGAACACAGUAUAGCACAGAUAAGGCACCAAGUAUAAGCAACAAGUACAAACAAUAUCCAAAGAUUCCCAACAAAUACAACACACUACGUCCCAACGCUUCAAAUCAAGUAGUAAAAGCUUUCGGUGUUA